AUGGUUCACUACAAACUCACCUACUUCGACGGCCGUGGAGCUGCAGAAGUUAUCCGUCAGAUCUUUGUCCUUGCCAAUCAAGAAUAUGAGGAUGUUCGCUACACUUUCGAGGAAUGGCCGCAACACAAAUCAGAAAUGCCAUUUGGCCAGAUGCCAGUGCUUGAAGUGGAUGGCGUACAGCUGGCUCAAUCUCAUGCCAUAGCUCGAUUCUUGGCCAGAAAAUUCGGACUCACCCCCAAAUGUCCUUUCGAGGAGGCACUUGUUGACUCCAUUAUGGACCAGUACAAAGACUUCCAAAAUGAGAUUCGUCCACUAUUCAGGGUUUGGAUGGGAUUCGAGAAAGGAGAUGCGGAUAAACUCACCAAGGAAGUGUUCAUGCCAGCUCGUGAAAAGUUCUUUGGUUUCAUGACAAAAUUCUUGAAGAAGAACAACACCGGUUACCUCGUUGGCAGUUCAAUAACUGUCGCUGAUCUGCUUCUAGCCGAGUUUUCCGCUGAAUUCGCCAAGAAAAUUCCAAACCUCUAUGAUGGCUUCCCAGAGAUCAAAGCUCAUGCCGAAAAAGUGCGCUCGAACCCUGCUCUCAAGAAAUGGAUUGAAACUCGACCAGAAACCAAAUUUUAAGCGUGUCAUUUCAUAUCAUAAACCGGUUGAUUUUGUAAUGAAAUAAUUUCAAUA